AUAAGCAGCUUGUAGUCUCUCUCAGAAGACUCGGCACGCCAUCGCAGCUCGUUGCCUCUGUUGAAUUUUCUGCAUGCCCAGCCAUAGCCUUGCAUUUUUUUUACCCAAGCAGAGGAGGGGGACGGCUUUAGCACCUAGUGUUUGCUUCUUCUUGGUAUCCCACCGGUGCUUCAUUUGCUCUAUUGCUUGUCUCCAAUAGCUUGUCAUUGGCUUUGGUAAGGCAUAAGGAAAUCAAGCAGAGAAUUUGAAGACUAUUUUCAUUCUAUUCUCUCCAAUUAAUCAGCUUGUAAUUAGAUAUAUUCCCAUUAGGACUGGGCGGUGAUGACUGCUACCAGUAAAUUAAUGUUAGUGGGCUGUGACAAAUGCUACUAGUAAAUUACUACACAACAAUGACACUAAGCAACUUUCUAUAGUCUCUUUCAGAAGACUCGGCACGCCAUCGCAGCUCGCUACCUUUGUUGAAUUUUCUGCACGUCCAGCCAUAGCCUGCAUGUUUUUACCCAAGCAGAGGAGGGAAGCUGCUUUAGCACCUAGUGUUGUAUGGUAUCCAGCCAGUCUUCAUUUGCUCUUGCUUGUCUCCGCCUCUCGAGUACGCUACUAAUUGGCCUGGUAAAGCAUUAGAGAAAAAAAAUCAAGAGGAUCCGAAGAUUUCAUUUGGUCCUUCUAUUCUCUCCAAGGAAGUUUUGUCUUGGUCACGUUUGUUCAUUCCUUUCGUCUUGGUCCGCUGAUCAAUUAUUCAAGCAGGAUCCAACGAGUGAUCCGGUGGAGAGAGGAAACAGUUUAUGCUAACACACACCGUAUCCAGGUCUAACAGCUCUGCAGUAGCAUGGUCAAUUACUCUCUGGGUGAUUAAUCAUCCAUCAUCUAUGUUCUGCGCUCAGCCUUGCUAGAUCUUAAUGACCAUCAAAGCAAACUGGCUCUUCAAGAUGAUAAAUAUUGAUCUUCGUUAUUGACAGGUUUUUCCUUGUUGGAAGACUGCUUCGUAAGCUUUCUGUUUUGUCAUUCUCCGAAACAAGUCGCCCUGGUGUUUUUGUUGGAUAUCUGGUGCUGAGUUUGUCUGCUUGAUGGCAACCAUACUAGAAUGUUUGCUUAGAUCAUGUGCCACUAAGUUGCAAAAUAUCAUUACCAAUGAGGUGAUACUGAUCCUAGGAGUGGAAAAAGAACUCACAAAAGUAUUGCGACGAGUAGAAUUAAUAGAGUGUUGUAUAUAUGAUGCUGAGAAAAGGACAAAAGAGCUAGCAGUUAACAGUUGGCUUGGUCAACUGAGAGAUGUUAUAUAUGAAGCUGAUGAAAUCUUGGACGUGGUUAGAUGUAAAGGAAGCAAGCUACUUCCUGAACAUCCUUCAUCAUCGUCAAACAAAUCAGCUGCACAUAAAGUCCUUUCAGUUUCCUCUAGCUUCCGUAACAUCGUGCCACGUCAUGAUGUUGCUGUUCGGAUUAGAGCACUCAACAAGAAGAUAGAGCACAUUACAAAGGACAAGAUAUUCUUAACAUUCAAUAGUAAUACACAACCUACUGGAAAUGCUCCAACAUCUAAACUGAUAAGAAGUUCUGACCUUGUUGAGCCUAACCUUGUGGGAAAGGAGAUCUUAUAUUCUAGCAGGAAGUUGGUGGACUUAGUGCUUGCACACAAGGAAAGUAAGUCUUACAAGCUCGCUAUUGUUGGAACCGGAGGAGUUGGUAAGACGACACUAGCUCAAAAGAUAUACAAUGACCCAAAAAUAAAAGGAAGCUUCAAGAAGCAUGCAUGGAUUUGUGUUUCGAAAGACUACGAUGAAAUUGGUCUUUUGAAAGAGGUUCUUCGUAAUACUGGUGUGCAUCGUAAGCAAGGUGAAACCAAAGCAGAGUUGCAGAGAAAGCUUGCAGAAACAAUGAAAGGCAAGAGUUUCUUUCUCGUUCUCGAUGAUGUGUGGCGGUCCAAUGUGUGGGUGGAUUUACUAAGAAUUUCAUUACAUGAAACAGUUGCUGGAGUAAUAUUGGUAACCACACGAGAUGAUCAAAUUGCCAAGAGAAUAGGUGUAGAGCAUACCCAUCGAGUUGAUCUCAUGUCAGCAGAGGUGGGGUGGGAGCUACUUUGGAAGAGCAUGCACAUUGAUGACGAGAAAAAAGUGCAGAAUUUAAGAAACAUUGGGAUUGAAAUUGUUCGUAAAUGUGGUUGCCUUCCGCUUGCAAUCAAGGUUACAGCCAGUGCUUUGGCAUGCAAAGAUAGUACAGAGAAUGAGUGGAAAAGGUUUUUGGGCAGAUAUGUUGGCUCCCAGGACAUGCUCUCUGAUGAAAUAGAAGGAGCUCUGUAUCUUAGCUACGAUGACUUACCACAUCAUCUGAAGCAGUGUUUCCUCUAUUGUGGUUUGUAUGUUGAAGAUUCUACCAUUCUCCGUCGUGUAAUUACCAGGUUAUGGAUUGCUGAAGGCUUCGUUGAGGAGCAACAAGGCCAAGUAUUAGAAGACACAGCAGAAGAUUACUACUAUGAGCUAAUCCAUCGUAACCUCCUCCAACCAGAUAAGAAUAAUUUUGACUUGGCUGGAUGCAAAAUGCAUGAUCUCUUAAGACAACUUGCUUGUAAUAUAUCAAGAGAAGAAUGUUUUGUUGGAGAUAUUGAAUCAUUAAGGGGUGAAGAUAUGUCAAAACUGCGACGUGUCACUGUUGUACCUAAGAAGGAUAUGCUAGUGUUGCCUAGCAUGGAUAAGGUAAAAGUUAAGUUGAGGACUUUCAUAACUAUUCGUGGUCCACAUAGAAUUGAGGAUACAUUGUUCAAGAGAUUUCUGCUUCUUCGUGUUUUGGUACUGAAUUACUCUCUUGUGCAAAGCUUUCCGGAUUAUAUAGGAGAACUGAUACAUCUACGCCUACUUGAUUUAGAUUAUACUGGCAUAUCUUGUCUUCCAGAAUCCAUUGGCUCCCUAAAAAACCUCCAAGUUCUUAGCUUGAGACACUGUAAAGCUCUGCACAGUCUUCCGUUGGCGAUGACCCAAUUGUGCAAUUUAAGAUGCUUUUUUCUUAUUGGUGCAGACAUAAAUCAUGUUCCAAAAGGGAUAGGAAAAUUGAAGUUUCUCAAUGCUUUACAAGGAUUUCCUGUUGGUAAUGGAAGUGAUAAUGCUGAUGUACAAGAUGGAUGGGAGUUGGAAGAAUUGUCUUUAGUGUCCCAGAUGAGGAGUCUUAAUCUGAAUAGAUUGAAAAAUGCGGCACAUUGUACUUCAAAUACAGUGCUCGCGGACAAAAAACAUCUAAAAGUUUUGACACUAGAGUGGACUGAACAAAGAGAGGAAGAAUAUCAAGAAGAAGACAUUUGCAAUGCUGAGAGUGUCUUUGAGCAGCUAAUACCUCCACGCAAUUUGGAACAAUUAUUUAUUAGAUUAUACUUUGGUCGGCGGUACCCCACCUGGUUUGGUACCACCUAUUUGUGUUCACUCGUACACUUGGCCAUCAGAUAUUCACAAUCGUGUGUGGAUCUUCCACCGCUUGGGCAGCUACCAAACUUGAAAUAUCUGUUAAUUGUUGGAUCAUAUGCACUUACCAAGGUCGGACCUGAAUUUGUUGGUUACAGGAAUCGUGAUCCCAUAUGCAGUGAGUUAGUUGCUUUUCCUAAACUUGAAUGGUUGAUCAUCAGGGAUAUGCCCAACUGGGAGGAGUGGUCUUUUUUUGAAGAAGUAGAAGAAUUUGCUGUCGAUGAAGGGAGAGAGGAUGGAGCUGUUGAGACUCGUCCAGAGGAUGCCCAAUCUGCAAGGUUGUCACUGCUGCCUCGUUUGGUGCUGUUGAGACUCGAAAAUUGCCCGAGGCUGAGGACUCUCCCGCGGCAGCUUGGAGAGGACACCACCAACUUGAAGAUGCUCAAAUUAAUUGGAGCAAACAACUUGAAGGCUGUCGAAGAUUUCCCACACCUCGCCGACCUCCUCCUUAUUGAGAAAUGUGAAGGCAUGGAGAGGAUCUCCAACCUCCCUCAAGUGACGAAACUGCAUGUCCAUGGUUGUCCAAACUUAAGCCAUGUAGAGGGGCUGGGAAGUUUGCAACAGCUAUGGCUGGGUGAGGAUAUGCAAGAGGUCUCUUCCCGCUGGGUGCCUGGGCUUCAAGAGCACCACCAGCGACUUCAUGGGGAAGCCCUGGAUGUCUACACGUUGUCUACCAGUUAGAAGGCAAUGAAAGCAUAAGCCUGGACUGAUGCCACAGUUCGCCUUGACGGGCAACAUACUAAGCCUGUCGACGGUGAAGACGUGCAAGCACCCUGAUCUACUGCAAACUGGUGAAGGAAGCGUCAUGUUUCUUUCUCUUAGGGCAAGUGCCCUGCAACGUAUCGAAUUUGGUCUUGUAUUUUUUUUCCUGAACUUGAGAUGGAGACCUUUGCUGUACUGGAGAUGUUACGCACGAUUGAUGUGUAUCCCACGGAUUUCCUUUUAUUUCUUUCUGAACUUGGGGCCGGAGGCCUCUGCUGUACUGAACCUGUAUUGAAUGUAACAGAUGAUUUCCAUUUUGGCAUGAUUGAAUGCUUUGAGUA